AUUUUGUGUCUAUCGUUACUUCGUUGGAACAGAGCUCCACGAUACACACUCAGUUCCGUAGCAGAGUUGCUUGGUAAAUCAAUGGGCCACCAAAACGCCGCCGUUCCAGAGAUUCAGCUGAACAACGACGGCGAUGCGGCGUCUUCGCCUGGAUUCAAGCUCGUCGGAUUUUCCAACUUCGUGAGGAAGAAUCCAAAGUCAGACAAAUUCAAGGUUAAGCGCUUCCAUCACAUCGAGUUCUGGUGCGGCGACGCCACUAACGUCGCUCGUCGCUUCUCAUGGGGUCUCGGGAUGAGAUUCACCGCCAAAUCCGAUCUCUCCACCGGAAACAUGGUUCACGCCUCUUACCUCCUUACCUCCGGCGACCUCCGAUUCCUUUUCACUGCUCCCUACUCUCCGUCUCUCUCCGCCGGAGAAAUUAAACUGACCGCUACAGCCUCCAUCCCUAGCUUCGAUCACGUCUCUAGCCGCUCCUUCUUCUCUUCGCAUGGACUCGGCGUAAGAGCCGUUGCGAUUGAAGUAGACGACGCUGACUCAGCUUUCUCCAUCAGUGUCGCUAACGGCGCCAUUCCAUCAUCGCCACCUAUCGUCCUCGAUGAAUCCGUUACGAUCGCUGAGGUUAAACUGUACGGUGAUGUCGUUCUCAGAUAUGUUAGUUACAAAGGGGGAGACACCGGUCAACCCCAAUUCUUGCCAGGAUUUGAGCCUGUGGAGGAUACGUCGUCGUUUCCACUGGAUUACGGUAUACGGCGGCUUGACCACGCCGUGGGAAAUGUUCCAGAGCUAGGUCCGGCUUUGACUUACAUUGCAGGGUUCACUGGUUUUCACCAAUUCGCAGAGUUCACAGCAGACGAUGUGGGAACCGCCGAGAGCGGAUUAAAUUCGGCGGUGCUGGCUAGCAAUGACGAAAUGGUUCUUCUACCGAUUAACGAACCAGUUCACGGGACAAAGAGGAAGAGUCAGAUUCAGACUUAUCUGGAACACAACGAAGGAGCAGGGCUACAACAUCUGGCUCUGAUGAGCGAAGACAUAUUCAGGACUCUGAGAGAGAUGAGGAAGAGGAGCAGUGUUGGAGGAUUUGACUUCAUGCCUUCUCCUCCGCCUACUUACUACCAGAAUCUGAAGAAACGGGUUGGCGAUGUGCUCAGCGAUGAACAGAUAAAGGAGUGCGAAGAAUUGGGGAUUCUUGUUGACAGAGAUGAUCAAGGGACGUUGCUUCAGAUCUUCACAAAACCACUUGGUGACAGGCCGACUAUAUUUAUAGAGAUCAUCCAGAGAAUAGGAUGCAUGAUGAAAGACGAUGAAGGGAAGGCUUACCAGAGUGGAGGAUGUGGCGGCUUUGGUAAAGGCAACUUCUCUGAGCUCUUCAAGUCAAUUGAAGAGUACGAAAAGACUCUUGAAGCCAAACAGCUUGUGGGAUGAACCAACUAAAGGAUUUGUAAUUAAUGUAAAACUGUGUUUUAUAUUACCAAAACAAUGUUGUUAUACAGAUGCUGUCUUUCCAUCUCACUUAAAAACAAGAUCAAUAAAAGAUCCCAUCUUAGGUUCAAAA